GCAGCAGAUACGGAAGAAAAAACAGCAUUAUAAUGCUCUCGCAAUAUAAAUUUCUACUAUUUGUUUUGAGUUUGUAAAUCGUUGUUGAUACACAAUGGAGCUGAAGAAGUGUUCACUGCGGCAUACAGUAAGUACAUCGAAAGUAAAUUUGCUCACUUGCAUCAAAAAAGAUCUUUUAACGGAGAAGACAAAAGAUUUGGUGUUUAUUGUGUAUCGUACAUUACCAUUUUUGAACUAUUCUUAGUGAUUUUGUUAACAAAAACAAAUUUUUGUAGCUUGCAGAACGAGACUGCCGUAACGAACAAUAUCAAAAGAAAGUUUUGUGCUGUUUGGCGAAAAUGACUUCUAAUUUGGCAAAAGAAGAACUGCUCCAACGCGUUAAAGAACUAAAGUUUCAACGCAUCUUGAAUAUUGAUACCAAGUCGAAGUCCAUCAAUAUACUUGGUUGCAUUCAGGAUCAGCUUGCGAUUCUUAUUUUAGAAAAAACGGCGUUUGAUUUAGAACGAAUUGAUCUGAACCAUAUUACUGAUUACAUUCUUGAUGGAAAACUCAUCCAAAACAACGACGUUUUCCAUUGGUAUCUAAAUACUUUCCAACAAAGCUUGGAAACGUUACCGUCCAUUAAGACAACGCUUAUAUGGCCUGCUUCUGAAAAUCAUAUCAAAAAGUAUUCUACACAACCAAAAAGAAUGAUUGUUGAGACACCCGAUAUGUACGAACGGCUAACACAACCUUUCAUUCUCACUCAGAGAGGUUCUCAGAUUCAAUGGGUUCACAAUAUUCUCGACCACAAAGCAGAAUCAGACCGUAUUGUGCUUGAAGACCCUGACCGUGAGAACGGUUAUAUCAUUUUACCUGAUUUGAAAUGGGACCGACAAAACAUGCUGGCGUUUAAUGUCAUGGCUAUUUCUCAUUCACAUGAGAUUGCUUCUAUUCGAGAUCUGAAACCGAAACACCUUGGCAUGCUUCGUAAUUUACGCGAGAGUGUACUCAAAAAAAUCCCUACAAUUUUCCCGGUGGAAGCCUCUCAGUUGAAAUUGUUUGUUCACUAUCCGCCCUCGUACUAUCAUUUUCACGUACAUAUCAUGCAUGUAGAUCAUGAAACGGGAGAAGGCUCUGCUGUCGGCCGAGCAAUCUUGCUGGACGAUAUUAUUGAACGGCUGCAACUGCUAGGUCCAGAGGGGUUUGCGAGUGCUAAUCUUACUUUCUCAGUUGGCACUCAAAAUCCACUCUAUACUAUUUUUGCGGGUGACGAGAGUCACCAAUAAGUUUUUGUCAUUUGCUAGCGUAACAUAACACCCAACGUCUUUGAUCAUUCCUAUUCAGUUUAUAUUAAAGUGAACAGGAAUAUUUAAUCUAUUAAAUAAGGGAAACGAUUCCCUGCUGUACAAAGGGAGCUAUUGCGGAAUACCGCAAUAAUAAAAUGCUUCCCUUAUCUAGAUUGACAUACUCAUCCUCUGCAACUCUUACACUUUCCUCAACGGUUGAGUUAACUAGACAAAACACCGUUCUGUCUACAUCCGGUUCCACGACCAUGGAUAUAUUUCCGACUGUAUCAUCAAGUUUUGUCAUUUUUGGAGGCAAAUCUCGAAGAAACGAAUUUACAUAAAAUCGAUGAACGAUUUGUUGGUGUCUUAGCAAAUACUGCCUUUCUGAAGAGGACAGCAACGCAAGUACAUGAGGGUGACUUUGAAUGUAUUGGGCGAAUUUGUCGAUUUUAGCGAUUCUACACCGUAGAUACACGCGAACAACAAAUUUUACCCGUUCUAGUUCAUUUUGAAUAAGGACACUUCUGUAAUCUGUAGUGUUUUCAGUUUCAAGAAUCUCUUCAAGAGACUCCAGCUGAGCACGUAUACGUUCCAUUACACGUCCCACGACGUCUGUAGCAAAAGGCAGAAUUUCUGGAGCCAUUUUUUCGUUUAUCCAGCACCGACAAAGUUCAUCAUAAUCCUUUUCAUUUUCAUCUGGUUCCUCCAAAUUAAAUAUUGCAUCUUCAUCCAUCCAAUCCAUCGCUGGAGGCUCUUUUUGUUCUGUUGCCGAUGUGGUAGUCUAGUCGGGGUGAGGUAACAUUGUCACCUCUUGGGUAUGCUAUGCCAAAAACAAAAAUGUA